AAAGCGUAGGGUGCCGAUACUUUCGAGUGCUGGACGCUAAGGGCGGCAAUACUUUUGAGAGCCGACAGCGUAGGGCGCCAAUACUUUCAAGAGCCAGACAGAUGGGGCGCCAGCAUUGUUAGAGCCAGCUGUGUAGUGCGCCAAUACUUUUUAGAGCCAGCCGUCAAGGGCGCCAGUACUUUUGAGAGCUGGCCGUGCGGGGUGCCAAUACUUUUGAGCGCCAGCCAUGCGGGGUGCCAAUACUUUUGAGCGCCGGCCGGAUAGGGUGCCGAUAAUUCUGAGAGCCGAACAGAUCGUGUGCCAAUCCUUUUUAGAGCCGAACGUGUACAGAGGCAAAACUUUUAGAGCUUUCUCCUUAGAGGGCCAAUACUUUCGAAACUCAAUGCAAGUCUAUGGGAAAUUUUCAGAAUUUGAGCUUCCGUACCGGGAAUUCCGGCAUUCCGAUCGCUUAUAAAAGUCAUAGCACACCUCUGCUCAAUAAGCCGAUCGAUUCAACACCUCACCCGUCGAUCUCCGACAAACGGUGCGGGACUAGUUACGUUCCAAAAAAAAGUGGACGAAGAAUAAUAAUAACUGGAACGGUACAUUUCCUGAAGAAAAUGUGAGUGGUGCUUGCGUUGGCGAAACAGGGACGGGUGCCAAUACUUUCGAGAGCCGACAGCGUAGGGCACCAAUACUUUCCAGAGCCGGACAGAUAUGGCACCAGCAUUGUUAGAGCCUGCCGUGUAGUGCGCCAAUACAUUUUAGAGCCGACUGUCAAGGGCGCCAGUACUUUUGAGAGCUGGCCGUGCGGGGUCCCAUUACUUUUGAACGCCGGCCAGAGAGUAAUAAUAAUAAUAAUAAUUAUUAUUAUUAAGUAUGCAAGGGAACAAUAUUAGUGCUUUUGAAAGCACCACUAAUUAAAUGAUCCAUAGAAUUAACCUGCAUAAAAAAUGACGAUGUCUGCAUAGUUUUUCUUCAAAGUGUACUUUCAUUGUACUUGAAAAUUGAGGUAUAAAGUAUUUGUCCACUUGAACAUUUACAUCUGACCGUUAACAAUAAAAAUUCUGUGCAGAGCUAUCAUAUUUGUAGAAUUUGAUGUUGAAUAUUCGGUCACUGAAUACUUCUCUCUUUCUCUCGUUGUGUAUUGAGUAUUGAUGCUGCAAAAGAAGACGGAUCUUUUGGUAGGCUGGUUAAUGAUGACCACAAGCACCCAAAUGGCAGAAUGCAGAAGACUGAAGUGGAUGGAAGCCCACAUCUUGGUCUGUUUGCUUUAACAGACUUUAAAGAAGGUGAUGAAUUACCUGCAAUUACGGAGGAGGAGUCUGGCCUUGGCGUAGCAAGGCCUUUGCUCGAUGGAUCAGAAAGCUGUCUGAAAACAAACCAUAUCCUACCUCACUGCCCCUCCCCCUCUGCAGAAUAAACGGUUAGGAAGUGAAAGUGAAAGUCAGUCUCCAUUUUGUGUGGAGGGGAAAAUACAGCAUUUCAGGAGUAAAAACACAGGUUUGAUUUAACACACCGGUGUUGGAGUGAAGUAAACGUGUGUCCUGCUGUAAUCUGGAGAAGGAGACAUGACCUCCAACAUGAGUGUGUCUGGAGAACAGGACUUAAAGAGAGACGAGAGAAUGAUGAAGAGAAAGAGAUCAGACUCACCAGAACCCAGCUGUGUGUCCAUGAAGAGUGACUGGUCAAUGGAGCGUCCAAUUCACUUCAGAGACGGAGCCAGUUCUCCUGAUGUGAGACCACAACAGAAGAAAUCAAACCUCAGCAGAAAUCAGCUGGACUCCAUAUUCAAGGAGCUGGAACACAAAGUCAUCACUCUGAUAAAGAAUGAGCUGAAGAGGUUUAGGAAGCUCCUGAGUCCAGAUUACCCAGCAUGCACUGAGAGGGAGGUGGAGGAUGAGGAGGAUCUGCACAGUGUCAGCGAGGGAGCGCUGAAGAUCACACUGCACGUCCUGAAGAACAUGAACCACACAGAUCUCACUAACACACUGCACAACAAGUCUGUGGCCUCUGUGUAUCAGCCAAAGCUGAAAUCCAGCCUGAGAGAGAAGUUUAAAAGAAUUAAUGAAGGAAUCUCACAGCAUGGAAGCUCAGCACUUCUGAAUGAGAUCUACACAGAGCUCUACAUCACAGAGGGGUGGAGUGGAGACGUCAACAAUGAACAUGAGGUGAGACAGAUAGAGACAGCGUCCAGGAGACCAGCAGCACAGGAGACACCCAUCAAAUGUAAUGAUCUCUUUAAAGACAAGUCCAUCAGAAGAGUGCUGACUAAAGGAGUUGCUGGAAUUGGAAAAACAGUCUCUGUGCAGAAGUUCAUUCUGGACUGGACUGAAGGAAAAGCAAAUCAGGACGUCACCUUCAUGCUUCCACUUCCCUUUAGAGAGCUGAAUCUGAUGAAGCAGAAACAUCUCAGUCUGAUGGAUCUUCUUCAUCACUUUUUCCCUGAAAUGAGAAAACUACAAUUAAUAGACUCCUACAAAGUCCUGUUCAUCUUUGAUGGUCUGGAUGAGUGUCGACUUCCUCUAAAUUUCCAGAAGAAUGAGAGACUGUGUGAUGUGACAGAGUCAGCCUCAGUGGAUGUGCUGCUGACGAACCUCAUCAAGGGGAAUCUGCUUCCCUCUGCUCUCCUCUGGAUAACCUCUCGACCAGGAGCAGCCAAUCAGAUCCCUCCUGAGUGUGUAGACCAGGUCACAGAGGUACGAGGGUUCAGUGAUCCUCAGAAAGACAAGUACUUCAGGAAGAGGAUCAGUGAUCAGAGCCUGGCCAAUAAAAUCAUCUCACACAUGAAGUCUUCAAGAAGCCUCUACAUCAUGUGCCACAUCCCAGUCUUCUGCUGGAUCUCAGCCACUGUUCUAGAGAGAAUGUUGGGUGAAGCAGAGCGUGGAGAGAUCCCCAAGACUCUGACUCAAAUGUUCACACACUUCCUGAUCUUUCAGAUCAAACACAAGGACCAAAAGUACCAUCAGAAAUGUGACCCUGAUCCUCAGCAGACCAGAGAGAGUAUCCUGGCACUGGGGAAACUGGCUUUCCAACAGCUGGAGAAAGGAAACCUGAUCUUCUAUGAGGAAGACCUGAGAGAGUGUGGCAUUGAUGUGAGAGAAGUGUCGGUGUACUCAGGAGUGUGUACCCAAAUCUUCAGAGAGGAGUUUGGGCUUCACCUGGGGAAGGUGUUCAGCUUUGUACAUCUGAGUGUUCAGGAGUUUCUGGCUGCUUUAUAUGCAUUUUUCUCCUUCAUCAGCAGAAAUGUAACAGAACAACCAACCACUGAUCUGUCUGAUCUUCUCAACAAGUCAGACAUGUCUGAUCUCCUCAGGAGUGCAGUGGACAAGGCCUUACAGAGUGAGAACGGACACCUGGACCUGUUCCUCCGCUUCCUUCUGGGUCUCUCACUGGAGUCCAAUCAGACUCUCUUACGAGGCUUAAUGCCCCAGACAGGAAGCAGCUCUCACAGCAAAGAGGAAACAGUCGAGUACAUCAAGGAGAAGAUCAGGGAGAAUCCAUCUCCAGAGAAAUCCAUCAAUCUGUUCCACUGUCUGAAUGAACUGGAUGAUCAUUCUCUAGUGCAGGAAGUACAGCGUUACCUGAACAGAGAAGGUCACAGUCGUCUCAGUGGAACCAGACUCUCUCCUGCUCAGUGGUCAGCUCUGGUGUUUGUGUUACUGAACUCAGAUCAGGAGCUGGAUGAGUUUAAUUUGUGGAAAUAUUACCCAUCAGACGAAUGUCUUCUGAAGCUGCUGCCAGUGGUCAAAGCCUCCAGAAGAGCUGUGCUGUGUGGGUGUGAUCUGACAGAGGAAAGCUGUAGAGUUCUGUCCUCAGUUCUCAGAUCAAACUCCUCCAGACUGAGAGAACUGGACCUGAGUGACAAUAACCUGCAGGAUUCAGGAGUGAAGCUGCUCUCUGCUGGACUGGAGAAUCCACACUGUACACUGGAGAUACUGAGGCUGUGGGGGUGUAAUCUGACAGAGGAAAGCUGUAGAGUUCUGUCCUCAGUUCUCAGAUCAAACUCCUCCAGACUGAGAGAACUGAACCUGAGUGUCAAUAACCUGCAGAAUUCAGGAGUGAAGCUGCUCUCUGCUGGACUGGAGAAUCCACACUGUACACUGGAGAUACUGAGGAUGUGGAACUGCAGGAUUACAGAUGAAGGUUGUGCUGCUCUGGCUUCUGCUCUGAGGUCAAACUCCUCAUCACACCUGAGAGAACUGAAUCUGAACGGUAAUAAUCCAGGAAAAUCAGGAGUGAAGCUGCUCUCUGAUCUACUGAAGGAUCCACACUGUAACCUGGAGACACUACACAUUAAGGGUAAUAAACUCACCAGGACUGGCGUAUGACGGGAGUCUCACCUCAAACCUCUUCUCCAGGAUAAAGCAGUCUUGGUGAAGAGUUAGAACCCGUCCCACAUUUCCAGCAGUUUGGGAGCUGAAUCAUUAAACUUAAAGGGGCAGAGCAGAAACAAAGUCAAGAACAGGGAGAAGGUCGUACACAGGAGAAAUCAACACACGUAACCAAAUAUCUGCUGUACAAAGCAACGGCACCGAUCUGCCCCGGGGAUGGAGACUGACGAGGCUUAAGUACUCGUCCGGAAUUGUACAGCCAACUCAUCCCAAAGCACGAGGCGGGAGCAGGCAUGUACGAGAUGUGAUCGUCCAAUGGCAAGCAGGAACAUGACGCAUUGCAGUGAACUGGGCUUAAAAGAGGAGGAGACAAGACAUCCAUCCCUCCCCCGACAUAGACACACGAAUGGAACAUAGUACAAACAGAAAUACAACUGAGGACGUAACAAUGGCCACGUAUCAAAUAAAAUGUAAACGUGCAUUGAUGAAGGUAAUGUUGUUAGUAAUUGUUUAUAAAUUACCAUGGUAACACAGAGCUCCAAGGUAUAAAAAUAUGGAGUUUGUCAUCAACCAAACAGUAACCAGUUUUAAUACCUAAAAAAGUUUACGUAGCCAAAUUUAGCAAAGCGCUUUACAGUAAAUUAAAAUGUAAAAUUAAACUAAUGAAAUGUUGUGCAGCACAUGCUUAUGUUAAUGUUUGUUUCAUUAUAUGAUCAUAUAAAUAAAUAAAUAAAUACUCCCAAAAUCA